AUGUCGCGUCAAACCAGUAUUCGUGCAUCAUCUAAACACGAGUUUCCUUCCAAUCCACGUUCAGCUAGAAGACCAGUUAGAACUGUUCAAGGAAAGCGUACUGGAAAAUUCUUUUCUCCAGAAACAGCUCCAACUGCCGAAGAAGUCGGUAUUCUAAAGCGUGAACGCCACAAUCUCAUACAAGAAAAGAGUCUCUUAAAAGCAAAGAUAAAAAGACUCGUUGAUAUAACACACAGACCAGAAACUUUUACAUCUCAUCCAAGUACAGACCCAAAUUCCUUAGAAAGGGAAUAUAAGCAAGUAGAACAGUUAUCCGCUGCCAAACGUGCUGAAAUUGCUCAGCUUAAUACAUCAGAUUUGGCAGCAAUUAUUAACGAACUUCAAGAAGAAUGUCUGAUGUUGCAUAUGGAACUGGCUCGCGUUGUUGCUGAAAAGAAGAACACUGAUUCAGAGCUUAGAGAGGUUACAAAACAGCUACAAGAAGCGAAAGCUCAAUUUCAUCCAGAUUUGGAAAAGAAACAAAAGAAAAUCAUUCGAGAAUUAGAAAGACAAAUUACAGAACAGAAACUUCGAAACGGUAAAAUACGCCAAAAAUUGGAUGAUAAAGAAAAUGAAAUACUAACUCACAAGCAAGACGAAGCACACCUCAUUAUCCUCAAAACUAUUGAAGACCUCGAGAAUAAGAUUCGAGAUGAGCAAAAUGCAAUAGAUAAAAGUAAAGAUGAUAUGCGAAUGUUGGAUGAAUCCAGUAAACAGGAAAUUAACGAACUAAGACUUCAGCUUAGCCAAAUUUAA